AUGGGAAAUUGCUUAAAGGGUUUAUGCUGGCGUCAAUCACAGCCUCCACCCAAGAUUGAACCGGAUUUAGCAGACAACAAAUCACAAUCUAAAGAUCCUCCACCCACCCAACAAACACCUCCACAACAUGAGAUAAUCACAGAAAAAGAUCAUGAACAUGAACACGAAUCUAAACAAGAAAUCAAAGUAGAGACAAAGCCAUCCAGAAAGGUUUCAUUAGCGAAGCAACAAAGCAAACACACACAAUCUGUCAAAAAGCCUCAAGAAGUGAAAAGAUUGUUAAGUGUAGGGCUUCAAACCAAUCGUGUCCUAAAAACCAAAUCCGGGAAUUUAAAAGAUUUAUAUCUCUUGGGUAAGAAACUAGGCAAUGGUCAAUUUGGCACAACAUAUCUUUGCAAAGAGAAGUCAACCAACAAAGAGUUUGCUUGUAAAGCAAUUGCAAAAAGAAAACUUCUCACAGAUGAAGAUGUGGAAGAUGUUAGAAGAGAAAUUGAAAUCAUGCAUCAUAUAUCAGGACACCCGAAUGUAGUUUCAAUCAAAGGAGCUUAUGAAGAUGCAGUAUCAGUUUAUUUAGUUAUGGAACUUUGUGGUGGAGGUGAAUUGUUUGAUAGAAUUAUAGAAAAAGGUCAUUAUUCAGAAAGAAAAGCAGCUGAUCUUGCAAAAACCAUUGUUAGUGUGAUUGAAGCUUGUCAUUCUCUUGGUGUAAUGCAUAGAGACCUUAAACCUGAAAACUUUCUAUUUGUUGAUAACCAUGAAGAUUCAAUUAUGAAGUCCAUAGAUUUUGGAUUAUCAACUUUCUUUAAACCAGGACAAGUUUUUACAGAUGUUGUUGGAAGCCCUUAUUAUGUUGCACCUGAAGUUUUGCUUAAAGAUUAUGGUCAAGAAGCUGAUAUUUGGAGUGCAGGUGUGAUUAUUUAUGUUCUUCUUUGUGGGGUCCCUCCAUUUUGGGCAGAAUCCGAGAAUGAUAUAUUUGAAGAGGUUUUGAAUGGUAAAGUUGACUUCAGUAUUGAUCCAUGGCCUAAAAUAUCUGAAAGUGCUAAAGAUUUAGUUAAAAAAAUGCUUGUUAGAGAUCGUAAAAAACGGAUAACUGCUCAUGAAGUUCUUUGCCACCCUUGGAUCAGUGUUGAUGGUGUUGCUCCAGAUAAGCCUCUUGACCCUGCAGUGUUGACUCACUUGACUCGGUUUUCUGCCAUGAACAAGCUUAAAAAACUUGCUCUUAGGGUGAUUGCAUCGAGGCUUUCAGAAGAAGAAAUUGCUGGUUUAAAACAGAUGUUUAAGAUGAUAGAUACAGACAACAGUGGAUACAUCACUUUUGAAGAGCUCAAAGAUGGAUUAAAAAGUUAUGGUGCUAAGCUUGAAGAGUCUGAAAUUCAUGACCUAAUGCAUGCUGCGGAUAUUGACAACAAUGGUAGCAUUGACUAUGAAGAAUUUGUAGCUGCAACUUUGCAUUUCAAUAAAGUUGAAAGGGAAGAUAAUUUAUAUGGUGCCUUUUCAUAUUUUGAUAAAGAUGGAAGUGGUUAUAUAACUUUGAAUGAAAUCCAACAAUCGUGUAAAGAAUUGGGAAUAGAUGAUGCACAAGUGGAAGAAAUUAUCCAAGAAGCUGAUUUGAACAAUGAUGGGCGAAUUGAUUACAAUGAGUUUGUUGCAAUGAUGCAAAAAGGAAGUGGAACUGUUGGAAGGAAGGAACAAAAGAACAGCUUGAAAAUUGGACUUAGAGAGGGAUUUCCAGUUUCUUGA